AUGUUUAUUGCUUUAGCACUACUCGUCACUGCUCUUCAAGUUCCUGCUCUCGCUUGGAAUAAUACAACGCAAUAUCUCACUGGUCUCGGUCAGGCGCUUCAAGGCACUGGUCUUACUACCUUGGGUUCACAAGCAGGCAGGCUCAACAACACGGUCAUAGGCCGAGCCCUUCUGGCGAGGUUGCUCUUGGGCAAUUAUACACUAUUUGCUCCAGACAACGAAGCAUUCGCCAACGCCACGAAUUCUUCAAGUCUAUCCAGUGACGACAACCUUUUUGCCCUCACGAUAUUGUACCACAUCGUCUCAGGGAAUUUCAGCUCUAACAAUGGCACAAACUCUACCAGUGGCACAAAUGCCACACUCGAGGCAGCAACUUACCCGAAUGUGACUAUCGGACGUACUCUACUCGAUGACCCUUCGGUGGUUCAGCUCGAAGGAAAUAAAAGUCAAGUCCUUGUUUGGAGUUCUGUUGAUGGUACAGUCCAGAUGUACAACCAACCAACCAGCGUCUCUGUUCAAAACAGUACGGUUGUUGAAAACCUAUUCGUGAAUCGAAUAAACGGCAUACUCCUCAUUCCGCCAAACGUAUCCGACGUUCUCACCGCUCAAAAUCUCACAUAUCUGGCCGGCUUUUUGAACUCGACAAGCGUUACCUCGUCCAAUGGUACCAACGAAACUGUAACGGACUUGUUAGACGGCGAUUCUGUGCACGGUUUCACUUUCUUUGCACCCGACAAUGCAGCAAUUGAACUAGAAGGCUUCUUGACGUCAGUAGCCCAGAACACAACAGCUCUACUAUCCAUUCUGAGCAAUCAUAUAGUCAACGGAACGACCGUUUACUCGCCCUCAAUCACGCCCUCAGAGAACCUGACUUCUACAGGGGGAGAGCCGCUUACAUUUACGACCAACUCUUCCGGCACGUUUGUGCAUAGCGGGAGCAGUAGUGCUCGGAUAAUAAAAACGGACAUUCUCUGCAAGAAUGGCGUUCUUCACAUGAUCGACCGGGUGUUGAACAAUACAGAGACCAAUCCUGAAGCAGCUUCGUCUGCAUAUGAGUCCGCUACUUCCUUCAUUGCAAGUUCGACGACUGAGACAGGACCAGUCGGGGAACCGACUGCCAUUGGCUCCGUUGGAACCAAUGCGGAGACGACUAACAGUGCUCAAGGCAAGCUCGCCACAGUCGAACUCAAUAUUAAUACCAUGUUCGCUGCAGUUUGUAGGCGUCAUGGGAUGGGCUGUGCUGGGUAUGGUUUAUAUUUGACCGUUGUAGUUGAGUUCGCGUGA